CGGGACCCGCGAGGCGGCGGCGCAGGCGCGGAGCGGCGGAGCAGGCCCGGCCCGGCCCUGGCGCGGGCGCCCGGCUGCAGCAUGCGCGUCCGCCGGGGGCUGCUGCGGCUGCCGCGCCGCUCGCUGCUCGCCGCGCUCUUCUUCUUCUCGCUGUCGUCCUCGCUGCUCUACUUCGUCUAUGUGGCGCCCGGCAUAGUGAACACCUACCUCUUCAUGAUGCAAGCGCAGGGCAUCCUGCUGCGAGACAACGUCAAGACGAUCGGCGCGCAGGUGUACGAGCAGGUGCUGCGCAGCGCCUACGCCCGGCGGAACAGCAGCGCCAACGACUCAGAUUACCCUCUCGACCUGAACCACAGCGAGAGCUUCCUGCAGACCACCACCUUCCUCCCCGAGGACUUCACCUACCUGGCCAACAGCACCUGCCCAGAGAGGCUCCCUUCCAUGAAGGGCCCCAUAGACAUCAACAUGAGCGACAUCGGGAUGGACGCCGUCCACCAGCUCUUCGCCCAGGACCCCACCAUCAGGCUGGGUGGCCACUGGAAGCCUUCAGACUGCGUGCCUCGGUGGAAGGUGGCCAUCCUCAUCCCCUUCCGGAACCGGCACGAGCACCUGCCCGUGCUGCUGCGGCACCUGAUCCCCAUGCUGCAGCGCCAGCGCCUGCGCUUCGCCUUCUACGUGGUCGAGCAGGCGGGCACCCAGCCGUUUAACCGGGCCAUGCUCUUCAACGUCGGCUUCCGGGAGGCCAUGAAGGACCUGGACUGGGACUGCCUCAUCUUCCACGACGUGGACCACAUCCCCGAGAGCGACCGGAACUACUACGGCUGCGGGCAGAUGCCGCGGCACUUUGCCACAAAGCUGGAUAAAUACAUGUACCUGCUCCCGUACACCGAGUUCUUCGGAGGCGUCAGCGGCCUGACGGUGGAGCAGUUCCAGAAGAUCAACGGCUUCCCCAACGCCUUCUGGGGCUGGGGCGGAGAGGACGAUGACCUGUGGAACAGGGUACAGAAUGCAGGUUACUCCGUGAGCCGGCCGGAAGGGGACACGGGCAAGUACAAGUCCAUCCCUCACCACCACCGAGGAGAGGUCCAGUUCCUGGGCAGGUACCUGCUGCUGCGGAAGUCCAGGGAGCGGCAGGGCCUGGACGGGCUCAGCAACCUCAGCUACAUGGCCAACGUCACCUACGACGCCUUGUACAAGAACAUCACCGUCAACCUGACCCCCCAGCUGGCGCAGGUCAGCAACUACUGAGCGGCCCCGCCCCCGGGGCGCAGGGGAGACCAGGCCGUGGGGCCAGCGCCAGCAGGACACACCACGCACCACGCACCUUCCCGGGCGCGGCCUCGGCCGUCCAGGUGCUCGGCCCGGGGCUGGCCACUCCCGCCGGGCGGUGUCCGCCCUGCUGCUCCCCCCACCUCCCGCCCAGCGGCUCCUCCUGCGAGCCCCCCUCGCACCCACCAAGGACCACCCAUCUGGGCCUCGGAACCAGGAGGCAGAUCACACGUUUCAGGAGGAGCCACGCCCCACGACGUGUCCAGAAAACUCCGCGUCCUUGACUCGGCCAUCAGUGCUCACCCUGGUUCCCACCUGCCGGCCCCCCUCCCCCUUUUCUAACUGUCCUGCUUUAGGCGGGGGUGGACGGGGCUGGGAGUGGGUGGGGGACCGGGAAGGAGGAAGCAGACGGCAACAAUCACUUCUUGGAGAAGUAUAACUGUACAUAAGCCAUGUAAAACGCCUUUUUUGAAACUUGAUUUUUGUAGCCGGCUCCGUUUCCGACCGAGGCGUUGUACGUUCGGUCACUUACUGGGUUGAAACAUGGCCACGCGGAGCCCGGAGCCCAGAGUCCCGGUCACUUAGGGCAUGGGGGGUGGGGGCCCCCGCCCGGGGUGCCCAUCUGGCCCCCGCCCACACCCCUCUGGGCUCCUGCUCCGACUCCCCUUCCCUGGCCAGCGCCCCGGGCUCGGUUCCCUGAGGUGUUUCUCCCCCCCUGGGUUUCGGGGGCCACACCCGGCGGUGCUUGGGGGCGACUCCCUGUCUGUGCUCGGAGUCAUCCCCGCUGGUGCUGUGGGGGGAGACACUGCGUGCCCAGCCCGUGGAGCCGCCCCACCCACCACGGCUGCUCUUGGGGGCAGGGCCUCUGCCCGUGGGAGUCCCCACCCGGCUCCAGCGUCUCCGUCCUGAGAAGGGGGCGGGGCUUGUGUCUCCUCUCCCUGCUCUCACGGGACUUGGCCGCAGUGUCUGAAAUCUUGUGCCUAAACCACCAGCGAGGUUCUGUGACCCUCCCCCCCCCGCCCCCGAGUCUCCCCUUGUUGGGGGUCGGCGACCCCAGAUUCACAGGACACCGGACACGCGAGCAUUGGAACCCGGAAGAGCUCAGCAAGGCUGCGGGGUUGUGGGGGCUGCCGUUGGGGUCAGCCGGGACAGUCGGCUCUGGCCGCCCCCUCCCGCACCCCGUCGCGUACCCACGUGCUGGCCAGGGCAGGGUCUCUGCCGACUCAGCACCCGUGCCUCCGUUUCUCCCUGAGCCUAGUCCCACGGCGCAGGGGCCCCUGGUGACAUCUGUGGGGUCCGGAGGAAUGUGGCCCCCGCCCCACGAGUUCAGCCGAGUUCACCGGGAAACACGCUCGCUAGUUUUUUGUUUUUUUUUUUGUUUUUUUUUUUAAUUGCCUCGUUUGCCUUUGGCCUUCUUGAUUUUCAUGGUUUACAUGGAUGUGUGUGUGUGUAUGUGGCGGGGUCCUGUUUGUGUACAUACGCGUGGGUGGGGGUGUUUUCUGUUGCACAGUGUUGGUUCCAUGGACAUAUGAUCCCCACGUGCCGUGGGAGUGAUUGGCCAGGCCUUGCUUGCUGUUUGUCUCUUUUUUUUUUUUUUUUUGUAUGAUCUGAUUAGAGUUGUUAUUGAGGAAAUAAACCCUGCGGCUCUUCCCAGCACCAUGAGAGGGCGGCCCCGCCCUGGAGCCGUGCUGGCCGUGUGUCAUGUGUUCAUGUGUGUGGACAGAACGUCCAGUGCUCAUGAGCACACACCACACGCCCAGGGUCAAGUUUUUCUUUGCUGUACAGUGCAUCGAGCAAUAAAGAUUUCUUUCCUGCCCCUGGCGCGCCCCCCCUUAGCCUGGCCCACUCAGCCUCGUGCCACUGUCCUCUGCCCAUGGCAGCCACAGCUGCUCCCAGUGGGACCAAAUCACGGUCUCCUGUGGAAGAAUUUGCCGGAGAGGCCGGUCGUUGGCGGGCGAUGGGGUGUUUUUUUCCCUACUCUGUCACAGAAUGAUCUCGAUGGAAGCUUUUUAUUAAAAUAUUUGCAAUCAAAACCAAAAUGUUGGCAAAAGGCUCACACUUGAAUUUUUCUUUUUUCUUUCUUUCUUUUUUUUUUUGUUAUUGUUGACUAGAGGGCAGGAGAGACGGUCUCUACUCCGUGCUUGAAAGACGCAGGGUUGCAGACUCCCUUGCAGUCACACAUGUUUUUUUGUUUUUUUUUCAGCAUGAAAUUUUGCUGUUUUUCAGGGGCUGGGGCGGGCGUUCCCCGCUGUGCUCAGGGUUACUCCUGGCUCUGUGCCCAGGAGUCACUCCUGGUGGGCUCAGGGGCCCAUGUGGGGUGCCGAGGUUGAGUCCGGGCUGACCCCAUGCAAGAUGAGUGCCCCGUCCACUGUGCCGUGCCCCUGGCCCCACCAGCGUGGGCUCUGAACAGGAACUGGCCGUCGGGUUCCGGGGCGGGCGCAGGAGCUGGAGGGCUGCCCCCAGGCCCGGGGCUGGGAGAGCCCGUGUGGGGAGGCCACUGGGAGCUGGUCCCUUCCCGGCCAGCUGCUGACCGGGCCAGGGCGCCCUGCCCCUGCUCCUGGGGGUCCCGGCUCUCUCCCACACAGCCUUGCUGGGGGCUGCGGUUCUCUGGGAAAAGACUCGUUUUUGACGUCACAGAGCCUCUUGUCGGAGCUCUGCCCCAGCUGUGACCGCGGGGGGCUCCCUUGAUGACCCCCGGGGGGCUCGCUGGCUGCCUCUCUCGCCAUCUUUUUGGGCUGGUCUUGCUUCGGUUUUUGUUUUAUCAUCUUUGUAGCUCAUUCUUCUGUUCGAAGAGGUGCCAGGGGUCCAUUUUUGCACUGAAAUCUAAAGAUGUGUGGAAAAACAAAAACUUUUCAUGAACAGUCUUUGUCACCAUUAUUUACUCAUGUGUUUGUACAUUUUUGUAUGUUAAUUUAUGGAUGAUUUUUUCAGUAAAAAAAUACACAUUCAAGA